AUGUCGACAACUGUGCAACACAACCCUUAUUUGGAUACUUUAAAAGAAUUCCAUUGGAAGAGUAUACAAAAGUACGUCGAAGUUCGACCAGGUGCGUUUCUAUUCUACUGGUUUUAUUACGCCGAUGGCACGUCAGUUGGAGCUGACAAAAAGCCGCUUAUCAUAUGGAUACAAGGAGGGCCGGGUCUCGCGGCUAGUGGGAUUGCAAACUUUGCUGAAAUCGGACCCAUAGAUAUGAAUAUGCAACCGCGUAAUCAUACUUGGGUGAAAGGAAGAAAUUUACUGUUAAUUGAUCACCCAGUAGGCACAGGCUUUAGUUACGUCACUAACAAAUCUUUGUUAGUAAAGACUGACAGGCAAAUGGCGUUAGACCUUACGAAAGUUAUAAAGGCGUUCUUUAAAACGCAUAAACAAUUUCGUAAAACACCCACGUAUCUCUUCGGUCAGAGCUACGGGGGCAAACUGUGUCCGAGAUUGGGCGUAUAUUUGCACACGGCGAUUGAAAAGAAACGACUCAAGAUGAAUUUGAGAGGUAUCGGAAUUGGUAGCGGUUGGGUAGAUCCAAAGGAGAGUACGUUAGUGCAACCAAAUUUCCUUUAUAAUAUGGGAGUGAUCGAUAUCACCACAUACAAAAAAACUACGAACUUAGUUAAGAAAAUGGUGAACUACAUAGAUAAAAAAGAUUACGUGUACACUGAGAAAUUGAAUACAUUGAUGUUUCGCAUAUUAAAUAUGGAAGCUGGUAUGGAAAUAAACUUCAAUAAUGUUAACCAAGCCAGUCCGUAUCCUGCGUUAGAUGAACUAGCUAGAAAAGUUAAUGAGUACAUCAAGCCUACGCUGACGCUAGUCAAUCAAAGUUUGCAGUGGAACUAUAUCUCAGAUGAGGCAUUUUUUACAUUAAAUAAUGCAUUCUUCGUGCCAUCAACUUCUUUCUUAGAAAAACUGCUAAAUAAGACAUCUUUGAAGAUAGCUGUCUACAAUGGCAACUUAGAUGUUGUCACACCCUUAGCAGGCGCCUCAAAUUGGGUACACAAGUUAAGAUGGCACGGGGCAGAACAAUUCAGAAAUGCUGAACGAGUACGCAUAAACGGUCAUAGAAAUGGAUUUUACAAAAAAGCGCAUCGGCUUAGUUUCUGGUCCGUUUUUGGAUCCGGACAUUGGGUCCCUGAAGAAAACCCAAUCGCAAUGGAACAAAUAUUAAACUAUGUUAUGUCUGAAGAAUUAUAA